UCGAUGGAGUUUGAGGGGAAACAUACCCGAUGCCUACAGUUGACCAAGGCUAUAGGCGUCCGUCUAUUGUUUAUUUUGCAUUUUCUACUGGCUGUAUCAAGGGUUAUAACAAUAUUAAAUGUACCAAAACCGUGGAUGUUUUCUUUUGGCGCUCUGCUUUUGAUCCUAGAAGGUUUACAUGCUGUUUUUCGAAGAAAUGGCUUGGAGCACAAGUGGAUGUCUUUAGCGACGCUUCUAUUCAUCAUGCUUGACAUAGGUCCAAUUUGGAUCAUGGAGCUUAACAAGGCAGAUCGGACCACCGGUAGAAUGUCUGACACUAGCAAUGAUACACAGAAUUUUCCACUGACAAACUUUAUUCAGCUUGAUGACAACGUUUUCGUUUACGCAAUAGAACAGAGUUUUCUAUUAGUCAUCAUUGUCGGUAGAUGGAUACUUCCAAAGGGUCAGAUGUCACGUGACAAACUAUCUAAUUUGUUGCUGGUUAUGAUCGGCAAAGCUUGUGACAUAACAGAUUUCUUCACGCUGUUCUCACACAAGAACGUAGCACUUGACAGAACCUUCACAUAUGUUGUCCUCGUGGUGUGGAGUCUUAGUGUGUUUCAGUUCCCGAUCUCCUUCACAGAGUCAAGAGACAACAACCUUGUCAUUAGUAUCCAUAAAGACAGACAGUAUAUGAAGGUGGUUGUACGAACCCUGAACCUGUGCUUCAAAACGGAAAUUUGGAGCAUUUUGGCGUCAAUCUCCAUGCAGGAGCUCCCAUUUUUGAUUUGUCGUUGCUAUGCCAUCGGUGCUCUAGGAAUAGUUGACGAUACCAUCAUUUUCUUUUUAUUCAAAAACUCGUUGAUAAUAUCCAUGUACCUGUAUCGCCUUGUUUCUCUUUGUCUUGAGGCAGAUCCUGGUGAGAACAGUUGUGCGAGUACAACAGUUGAGAAAUUAGAAAUCAAGGAAAGAGAUGGAAUCGUUACAGCACAUGAAAGAGAGGAUUUUAGAAAGAAGAUAUCAUUUGACCUUUCAGCAAACAGUUCACCCGAUGUACCUCUACAAAUCCAGAAACUAAUGAAAGUAUCUAAAAAUACAGUUGACACUUUAGUGAAAGUUGAUUGACAGAAUAGGAGGAAUUAUAACAUUUCCUGAAAAUGUUUAUUAUUCAGACCCUACCAGUUAUUCGAAAACUAUAAUAUAUAGUUUAUUUUAAAAAUGCAUAAUAUGCUGAUUUCAUAUUUAGUUUCAUUGCGUAUAUGCAUGUAAUACCACAAUAUGGAUUAUACUGAUUAUAUGUUUUCUGUGAACUCAAAGAACUAUAUAUGAUAAGCGUUAAAUUUGGCCCCAUAAUUCACCAUUUUUUAAAGUGUUUCGGGUACAAUAAAAUGUUAUGUUAUAAUUUAGAAGAGUUCAUAUAAAAUGUAUUUUUCACAUAUUUGUUUGAUUUAUUUGCAGUCACUUGCAUUAUAUGACGUCAGAAGUGACGCUAUUUCUAUAAUUCAAUCAAAAUCAGUCGAAAAUAGACAUUUUUCUCAUCGUUUUACGAAUGGGAAAUAUAGAGCGCAUGCUUGAACCAGGACAAAUUUUUUGUCACUUAUUAGACUUGGCUAGAUACAUCUUUGAUUAAAAUAUUUAGUUGGUUCAAGCAUGCGCUCUAUGUUUCCUGAAAGAAAAAACUGCUUGAAAACAAUCUUUUUAUGCAAAAAUGGCGGGAAAAGGGUUGUCUUUACAAUGCCGUAUUUCUAAUUGUGGGCACUUGAAUCAAAAUGAACAUUCAGUAAAAACAUCACAUAUAUAUUUUUACAAAGAAAACAAAGAAUUACAGUAAAAUAUUACUAUUCCUUUUAGGGGACCAUUUUAGGCCCAUACCAUAUAUAGUCCUUUGACAUAGUUAUAUCUUUUAUUUAAAAAUAUUAAAGAAACGAGAAACAGAGGGGGAGAUAUUGCACUCCUUUGCUGUGAUACAUAGUCUUAUCAGCGAAUUCGCACACAGAUUAAAAGUAUGCUCACAUUCAGUCUACUUAAAGCUCUACUCAAAUUUAAACAAAUUAAAAAUCUAAAUAUUAUUUGCUUUUAAAGAAAAAAAAGAUCGCAAAGGAAAAUACAGAUUAUAGAAAUUACAAAUAAUGAGUCCCUAAAAUGUUUUGUCUGCUGUUUUAACAAUUGUAAAUGUGAUUACUUCUAUCCUUCCUGUACCGAAUAUGAUGAUUAAAUACCGGGUAUGUAGUCAAAUGCAUGCAACAUCUUAAACAGUACGGAUUGCUAUUUCUUGCAUUAAAAGGUGCAAGUUUGAAAUAAUUGUAGAAUCCAAAAUGAUACAUCAACCCCUUCUAAGGAGAGAGGAAAUGUUUGAUUGUUUCGCUCACCUGAGCUGAAACCUCAAGUGAGCUUUUCUAAUCAUCGUCAGUCUGUAAACUUUUUACACUUUCGACUUCUUUUCCAGAACCACUGAGCCUCUUUUUCAAGGGGAGAUGAUUAAGAAUUAAUAAAAUUUUGUUAGGGGGUAUCAAAACUCAGAAAAUUGGUUAUUUGUAAGAAAGCAUCCUGAAAUAGAGUAUAUUCAAGUUUAUCCCGGAGGAUAGGGUUAAGCCACAAUUGAGGGUCAAAAUUUUACAUAGGAAUAUAUAGAGAAAAAUCUUUAAAAAAUAAUCUUCUCAAAACGUCAUUGAAAAACAAAAAACUAGAACCGGAUUUUUUUACACUGUGUAAUAGAAACAUUCUGCGGCCAACAAGUACAGCCAACGCUGUCUUUUUCGAAGAAAAACCAGUGAUUAAAAUCUAUUUCAAACUCUAGAAAUCAGCAGUUGGUCUUUUGCAAAUGCAAACCUUUGUAAAAUAACUGAAAAAAAACAAAGUUGAAUUUCAAAGAAACCAUUUUCUUGUUCAAAGAAAGAGAGCUAAAUGCAAAUUUACUUUCCUCAUUGGUAACACAGGUUUUUAAAUGCAUGAAGAUUAAUCGUCUUAUAUAUGUUCCCUGUAAUAUCUCAUAAUCAAGGUACAUUAAGAUGAUCUUCGUGUAUAAACUUUGUGGGGGAAUCUAGAAAGGUUUACCUAAAAAUGUGACCUAAGUAAUUAAGAUUGACAUGGAUAAAAUUUGAGCGAUUUGUAUCUUUUUCAAUCAAAAUCAGGAACUUUUUCCAAGAGAUCAAAAAACUUCUUUUUUCUUACAGAGGAUUAAAGGGGACAUACAAAUCCGAAUGAUGAAAGUCACCCGAGCACAAACUCUUUGGAGUUAUCUUAUAGACUUCGCAUGCAGCUGAGCUUAGAUCUUUAUAGUUCAAGGAUUGCUUCAGAUUUAGUUUAUCAAAGAAAUUGAUCGAAACUCAUUUUAUUACGUAACAAUCUUAUUUUUACAAAUAAAAAAGAA